AAAUCAGUAUGUUGGGGUUGCAGGAGGUAUAAACCCAGUCACCAUGAAGCUGAGCUGCACGCUCACACAGUGGGCUCUUUAUGUCUGUCUCGCUGUGCUCCUGGCAACCCAGAUGUUACUGGGUAAGUAAAGUGUUUGAAUGCUGGUGUGGAGAUGAGAUACGGCAAAUCUUGAGAAAAUCCUCAAAGAAGCUGCCAGUUCAGAGACUCUGAAGUGUGAAGGACUGGUCAGCACUGAGCAAGGCAGCUGCCAGGCUGCUGCCGAGGAGGACGAGGGUGAUGAAGAUGAUGGCGAUAUGACCCGAUCCAGUGACGCUGGCUUCCAGUUCAAGGGCUACACAUUCAGUAAACCCUUCCAUCUCAGCGUGUCCUAUGACUGGCUGAUCCUUCAAGGUCCAGCUACAUCGAUAUUUGAAGGAGAUACAUUGGUUCUGCACUGCCGUGCCUGGCAAGACUGGCCACUGACUCAGGUUAUCUUCUACCGAGAGGGCUCCGCCCUGGGUCCUCCUGGACCUAAAAGUGAAUUCUCCAUCACCAUGGUGCAAAAGUCAGACAGUGGGCACUACCACUGCAGUGGCAUCUUCAGGAGCCCUGGUCCUGGGAGCCGAGAGACUGCAUCCCCUGUGGCUAUCACUGUCCAAGAGUUGUUUACAGCCCCAGUUCUCAAAGCCUUACCUUCUAGUGAGCCCCAAGAGGGAGGCUCAGUAACCCUGAGCUGUCAGACAAAGCUGGCCCUGCAGAGGUCAGCUUCCCGCCUCCUCUUCUCUUUCUACAAGGAUGGAAGGUCACUGAGUGUCAGAGGAGUCUCUUCAGAACUCAAGAUCCCCAAAGCCUCAGAAGAACACUCUGGCUCCUACUGGUGUGAGGCAGUGACUGAGGACAGACAGAUUUCGAAGCAGAGCCCACAGCUGGAGAUCUGGGUACAGGCUCUUCAGAAACCAACCACUUCGGAAACUCCUCCCACAGAAGCUGGCGGUCCUCUGCCCCCACCACCUGCUUCUUCUGCUGAGCAGCCAAGAUUCUCCUCCCCAGACCCCCACCUUCAUUACCAGAUGCAGCUUCUUCUCAAACAAAUGCAAGAUGUAAGAGCUCUCCUCGGUCAUCUGGUCAUGGAGCUGAGGGACUUGUCUGUCUACCUGAAGCCUGGUACCACGAAGGUUGCUGACAAAUGAAAGCGAGCUAUUCACCUGUGUAUAUUCAACCACCGCAAUAAUUCCAGCUCUUUCUGGACUAUGCAUAUACAGGCAUAGUUUUGCAAGCUGGUUUGAUACUUAGUUAAACUAAUGGAACUAUUUGAGUGUAAAUAAAUGCAUACAGCGUUAUACCCAGAAUUUGCCUAUAACUAUGUUUUCUUUAGCCAUGACAAAGUCAUUUUGCAUUCUAGACCAGGAAUUUCUUUCUGUUGCCUAGAACAGAAUUUAAAGAGAAACAAAAACAAAAAAAGUGGAUUUUGUACUGCAAUUUCAACUGGAAGGGGGGUAAUUUCUCUCCCCUAUAUUCCCAUGGAAACAUUUAGCAGUGUCUCCUAGACAGUUGGGUUUCACACAGGGUGAGAAGGAUGUCUGUGCUGGUAGAAUUUAAUGAGUUAAGGCAUUUACAAGCCAAGGAGGCUGAUAACCAUCCUAUAAUACAUAGAACAACCCUUUUCCCCAAUAAAAAAUUUCCUGUCCCCAAAUUUUAUUAAUGUUAAAGAUAUGAAAUGUAAGACUAAUAAAAGCUAGUUGUCAA